CUCAUGUCUUGUGUGGAUGAACGCUCAGCGUUGCUACUCAAGACUGCCGUCGCAUCGUUGGGCGAAGUAUGGCCGGGAUCUAGGCUUGAGGUGGUAUCGGUGAGUGAGAUACCCCGAAAGCCUAGGUCCAUAGCUAAAAUACCAGCUGAGCCAUCUAGCCCGGAGGAGAUCUUGGAGAUCCUCCAGUGCUGUAACCCACAGCUUCCAACUAACGACUGGAAAGUUGUCAAGGUUACUGAUGCUGAGGGAUCUUCCAGAAAGGCGAUCGUCGUCCUGAAUAAGGACUCCUUGGGGCCGCUAAGGAAGACACAAGGGAAGGUGUACUAUGGAUUUGGUACGAUCAUCCUGCGUGUCUACCGUAGCGACAACAAGGACGAUACCUCCUCAGAGGAUGUAAAACCCAUGCCCUCGGAAGAGGACAUGGAAUGCAAUGACGCCGCUGGUCCAAUCGACAUUGAAGAUACCAACUCUGUCUCCGAACUGGUUGGUACCUUCUUUGAACGGAUGGACGAGGCGGUGGACGAGGACGCCCUCCUGAAUUCUGACCAGGAGGACGCCGACGUCACCGUUGUACAAAUUGAGCAUGGUGAAGGUGACGCAAAUAAACCUUCACCACUCUAAGGCAGCAUCUGCUGCACUGCUCCUCCGAAUUGCUAAGAACGGGGAGGAGCUAGUCAUGGUCCAGGAACCUUGGAUCCACCAGGAUCGUAUCUGUGGACUAUGUCUGAAGGGCUAUAAGCUCUACUACGCUAAAGGCGCAGCAAUGAAGAUACAGUAGCAGUCUCAUGGGAAACCAAUGAAGGCAGUUUGUUGUGGCUGAUCUCCAGCUAUAUGGCGCACGAUCAUGGGGAGCAUCCGCCAAAUGAUGCUGUCCGCAGUGCUGUUAAAAUGGCGAAUAGGUCUAAGAUACCUUUAGUUAUCUGUGCUGACGCUAACUCGCACCACAUCAUAUGGGGUAGCAGUGACACCAAUACAAGAGGUGAGAGUCUUUUCAACUUCAUUCUUAAUAGUAGUUUGGAAGUAGUAAAUAGAGGUUCAGAACCUACCUUCAUUAUCGCUAACAGAAGUGAGGUUCUAGACUUAACACUUGUAAGUGCUGAACAUCACAGCAUGAUUACUAAUUG